UCGUCCCAUAAAUCACGCGCCCAGCGCCCGGUCUCCCAAACAAACUACCAAAGACUCUGUUUUUCCUGAGUUUGUCCUGCUCCCGAGGCAGACCCCCGCAAGCGCGCCGCCAAUGUCCACCAUCGUCGAGACGGCUCCCGCGGCGGCGCCCGUGUCCACCCCCGUGACGACGACGACGACGACGACGGCAGAGGAGGCGCCGAUCGCGCCUGGCGUGGGGCGGCGCGGGUGGGUGCGUCGGCUCCUGCCGCGGGAGUACGUGCCGGCACGGAUCAGCCGGCGGUGCAAGUCUGGCUCCGCCUCUGGGUCGCCGUCCUCGUCCUCGUCCUCCUACAAGAGGCUGGCAUCGAUGCUGUCGUGGUCGAAGACGGGCGCAACAGCUGCCGCAGCCGCGACGGCCGCCGGGGGCGCCGCCAGGCCGCCGCCCUCCUCCUACAGGAGGCUGGCGUCGUCGCUGUCGCGGUCGUUCAAGUGGAAGCGGCUGCCGGGGCUCCCGUCCCUCGGCCUGCGCGCCGGCUCGGCGUCGGCGCUGCUCGACGAGGUGACGUUCCGGGUGAUGUACGUCGUCGAGGCCGUCGUGCUCGGCCUCGCGCUCUCCUGCUUCUUCCUCUGCUGCGGAUGCCACAUCUAGCUCUAGCUGCUCUAGCUACCUUGGCGUGCAAGAAUUAGUUGCACGCGUGUUCCCUUAGUUCUUUUUUUCUUCUUCUCUUUUUCGUUAUCUAGUGACGAGUAGUUCUUCCGGUUUUGAUCGGGCAAGACGCCGUGUAAAUUCUCCACCAAGUGGAACAACCAACCAUGAAAAUUUGCGAUCUGCUCGAGUUCA